CCCAACCGGCUUGUGUGAAUAUUGUCAGGCAGAGGAAACAUACAUGCAAUUACACAAUGUGAUAGGUAUGAGCCAGAGAGACAAGCUAUGAAGGAAGAGCUCAGGAGGGUGGAUGUUCAUAACAUUACAAAUCACACUUGAUGGAUUUAUCUAAUGGGCAGAGCAGAAAAGUCUUCAGUGAAUUUCUUAGUCAGAUGGGGUUAUGGAAUAGAAUAAUUUAAUCUGUGAUCCACACUCCGGAGCAGAGGGUGGCGGUAAUGCACGUAUUACGCUGGUUGCCAAGAAGAAGAAGAAGAAGAAGAAGAAGAAGAAGAAGAAGAAGAAGAAGAAGAAGAAGAAGAAGAACUACAACUACAACUACAACUACAACUACAACUGUAGUGUAUGACCUAUGCUGUAGAAGCUUGACGGUAUAUCGCAUCUAAUUUGCAUUACGGCGCAGUCACUGUUAUAGCUGCAAACCAUCGAGAUAAUGGGACGUAAAGUGACUCUCGCGACCUGCUCGUUGAAUCAGUGGAGUUUGGACUUUGAAGGCAACUUGGAGAGAAUAUUGAAAAGUAUUGAGAUUGCUAAAACUCAUGGAGCCAAAUACAGACUGGGCCCAGAGCUGGAGAUAUGUGGGUACGGCUGUGCAGACCACUUCUAUGAGUCGGACACACUGCUCCACAGCUUCCAGGUCCUGAGGAAACUUCUGGAAUCUCCUGUCACCCAGGACAUCAUCUGUGACGUGGGAAUGCCCAUCAUGCAUCAUAAUGUGCGCUACAACUGUAGAGUCCUGUUCCUCAACAGAAAGAUACUGCUGAUCAGACCAAAAAUGCUGAUGGCCAACCACGGGAGCUACAGAGAGGUGCGCUGGUUCUCACCCUGGAAUCAGCUGAGGAAGAUGGAGGAAUAUUUCCUGCCCAGAAUGAUCCAGGAGGUGACAGGGCAGGACACAGUCCCAUUUGGUGACUGUGUGCUGUCCACAAAGGACACCUGUAUCGGCACUGAGAUAUGCGCAGAGCUCUGGAACCCUAGAAGCCCCCACAUAGACAUGGGUCUGGAUGGGGUUGAAAUCUUCACUAACUCAUCUGCCAGCCACCACGAGCUCCGCAAGGCUGACCAGAGAGUCAACCUGGUCAGGUCGGCAACCACAAAGAGUGGAGGUAUCUACCUGUACGCCAACCAGAGGGGCUGUGAUGGAGACCGUGUCUACUACGAUGGCUGUGCCAUGGUGGCCAUCAACGGAGACUUGGUGGCACAGGGAGCACAGUUCUCCCUCAAUGAUGUGGAGGUGAUUACAGCAACGGUCGACCUUGAGGAUGUGCGUAGCUACAGAGGAGAACUGUGUCAGCCUGUCAUGGAGAGUGAACAUAAACCUUGCCACAGGGUCAAAGUCGACUUCCCUUUAUCCACUUGUGAUGAUUUCUACCUGCCCACUCACCAACCAAUAAUGUGGCACUUUCAUACACCAGAGGAAGAGAUCAGUCUAGGGCCGGCCUGCUGGCUGUGGGACUACCUGAGGAGAAGUGGACAGGCUGGUUUCCUGCUGCCUCUGAGUGGAGGUGUCGACAGCUCCUCCACCGCCUGUCUUGUCCACUCGAUGUGUGUGCUGCUCUGCCAGGCUGUAGAGGACGGCAACACACAGGUCCUGAAAGACAUCCGCAGGGUGGUUGGGGAUGACUCCUACUGUCCCCAACAGGCAAAGGAGUUGUGUGGCCGCAUUUUUACCACCUGCUACAUGGCCAGCGAAAACUCCUCUGAGGACACACGCAACAGGGCCAAAGAGCUGGCCAGUCAGAUUGGAAGCUCACACAUGAAUAUUAAUAUAGACAUGGCAGUGAAAGGCAUUCUGGGUAUCUUCUCAGCGGUUACUGGGAGGUGGCCUCAGUUUCAUGCCAAUGGAGGAAGUCACAGAGAAAACCUGGCUCUGCAGAAUGUACAGGCCCGGGUCAGGAUGGUCCUGGCCUACCUGUUUGCUCAGCUGAGUCUGUGGGCCUCAGGUAGACCAGGUGGACUGCUGGUGCUGGGCUCAGCCAAUGUAGAUGAGAGUCUCACAGGGUACUUCACAAAGUAUGAUUGCUCCAGUGCUGACAUCAACCCAAUAGGAGGCAUCAGCAAGACAGAUCUGAAGGGUUUCCUGCUGUACUGUGCUGAGCAGUUCCAGCUCAGUGCUCUGAGAGGAAUCUUGGCUGCUCCACCCACAGCUGAACUGGAGCCGCUCACAGAUGGACAGGUCUCACAGACAGACGAGGCAGACAUGGGGAUGACCUACUCUGAGUUAUCAGUGAUUGGGCGGCUGAGGAAGAUCUCCAAGUGUGGCCCCUUCAGUAUGUUCUGUAAACUCAUUCACAUGUGGAAGGACGUGCUCUCACCUACAGAGGUGGCUCAGAAGGUGAAGCACUUCUUCUGGAUGUACUCAGUGAACCGCCACAAGAUGACCACAGUGACGCCGUCUUACCAUGCUGAGAGCUACAGUCCUGAUGACAACCGCUUUGACCUACGACCUUUCCUCUACAACACACACUGGACCUGGCAGUUCAGGUGCAUCGACACCCAGGUGUCCCAGAUGACAGCGAACACCACAAAGCAAUAACACCUGAGGUUUUCAGAGUCCAGUUAAAAUCCAUCAGAACAUUCAGAUCAUUUAGUUUGUACCGCUCACUGUAAAGCCAAAUACUCUGUACUGGGAACCAGGGGGCUGAGACUUGAUUUAAAAAAAAAAAAGAAAAGCAAAGUGUGAAACACAGUCCUGCAGCCAUUUGUCUA